AUGGAUUCUAAGUGUAAGCAAUGGAUAAUAUCAAUACUAUUAUUGGUGGGAGUAAUUCUGUGUUCAAGAAUAGAGUGUUCAAAAGAGAGUGAUAGAAUCUUGAGGUUGCCAGGACAACCAAGUAGUAGUACUGUUAACUUCCAACAAUUUUCAGGUUAUAUUACAGUUGAUGAUUACCAAAACAGAGCUCUUUUCUACUAUUUUGUUGAAGCCUACACUGAUCCUUCUUCUAAGCCUCUUCUUCUUUGGCUCGAUGGAGGUCCAGGGUGUUCAUCAUUGGGUGUUGGAGCUUUUGUUGAGCAUGGCCCUUUCAGACCAGAAGGAGAUGUUUUGAUUCAUAAUCGCUUCAGCUGGAACAAUGUGGCAAACAUUCUAUAUGUUGAAUCUCCAGCUGGAGUUGGCUUCUCAUUUUCUGAAAACAUCACAUUCUAUACCACAGUUAAUGACACUAUUACAGCACAAGACAACUUGGUAUUUCUUGAACGAUGGUUCAAAAAGUUUCCUGAAUACAAAAAUCGAGAUUUCUUCAUUAGCGGUGAAAGCUAUGCAGGUCAUUAUGUUCCACAGCUUGCAACACUCAUUCUCCAAUCAAAACUCAGCAUCUUUAACCUCAAAGCUAUAGCUAUAGGGAAUCCAUUGUUGGAGUUCUACACAGAUUUCAAUGCAAGAGGGGAAUAUUUAUGGACACAUGGCUUGAUUUCAGACUCAACAUAUAAGCUUUUGAACAAAGUUUGUAAUAUUUCUGAAAUCACGAGACAAUCCAUUCUCCACAAUGUUUCAACAUCUUGUUCUUUUGUUGAUAAUUCGGUAUCUAAAGAAUAUUCUGAGUUCAUCAACUUGUAUUCUGUCAACCUUGACGUUUGUACAUCCUCAACACUUUCACAAGCAGCUUCUUCGUUUCUCUCAAAACGAACUCCUCGCAAAACCCUUCCGCAAUACUCGGUACUUCAAAGUGGAAAGAUAGAUGUGUGUAUAGCAGAUGAAGUUAGUAGUUACUUAAACAGAGAGGACGUCCAAAAGGCUCUUCAUGCUCACCUUCUUGGUGGACUUUCCAAUUGGAGUUUCUGCAGCUUUGUUUUGAAAUAUGAUAAGAAGAACUUAUUGAUACCUACCAUUGACACCUUGGGUUCCCUUGUUCACUCAGGAAUUAGGGUUCUUGUGUACAGUGGAGAUGAAGAUGCAGUUAUUCCAUUGAUUGGGAGUAGAAGAUUGGUGAAUAAAUUAGCAAAAAGUUUAAGGUUGAACACAACCCUACCUUACUCACCUUGGUUUUACAACCAUCAGGUUGGAGGAUGGGUAGAAACAUAUGGGGAAAAGAACAGUCUAUCAUUUGCAACAGUGAGAGGUGGAGCUCAUCAAGCUCCAUAUACAGCCCCUCAAAGAUCUUUAACACUUAUUACUGCUUUUCUUCAAGGAACCAACCCAUGA